UCCUCCUCCAUAUAACGCCUACUCCCAUGCAGUGAGUCUUGAACUCGUCACACCAAUACAACCAUUGCUGCUGCUACUGCUACCACCACACCCUCUCAGUAGUACUGCUGCUGCUGCUGUGCAAAGCAGCAGAUGGACCUGAUCGACCUUUUGUGUGUUGUUGGAGCAGCCAUCGUGGCGGCGGUGUGGUGGCGGCGGUGCUCGAGGACCCCGGAGGGGCUCCCGCCAGGUCCGCCGGGGUGGCCGGUGGUGGGUAACCUCUUCCAGGUGAUCCUGCAGCGGCGGCCCUUCAUGUACGUCGUCCGGGACCUCCGCGAGCGCUACGGCCCCAUCUUCACCAUGCGGAUGGGGCAGCGCACCCUCAUCAUCGUCAGCUCCCCCGACCUCAUCCACGAGGCGCUGGUCCAGAUGGGCCCCCUUUUAGCCAGCCGCCCCGCCGACUCCCCCACCCGCCUCCUCUUCAGCUCCGGCAACUGCACCGUCAACUCGGCGCCGUACGGGCCACUCUGGCGCGCCCUUCGCCGCAACUUCGUCUCCGAGAUCGUCUGCCCCGCCCGCGUCAAGCAGUUCGGGUGGAUCCGUGACUGGGCCAUGGCCAACCACCUCGCUCGCCUGCGCGCCGAGUUCGAGGCCACCGGCGCGGUCCAGAUGAUUAGCAACUGCCGCCUCACCAUCUGCAGCAUCCUCGCUUGCAUCUGCUUCGGCGCCAGGGUCCCCGAGCACCACGUCCGGGUGAUCGAGGAGGUCCUCAAGGAGGUCAUGAUGAUGACGAUGCCCAAGCUGCCCGACUUCCUCCCCGUCUUCACCCCCUUCUUCCGGGGCCAGCUCACCGAGGCCAGGAAACUGCGGAAGCGGCAGAUGGACUGUCUUGUGCCGCUGUUGAGAGCUCGAAGGGCGUUCGUCGAGAGCGGCGGGAAGUGUGACCCCAGCUCGCCGUGGGAGAUGGUGAGCCCGGUCGGCGAGGCCUACCUCGACUCCUUGCUAUGCCUGGAACCCACCGGCAAAGGCCGGCUCCGGGACGAGGAGCUGGUGACGCUCUGCUCGGAGGUCAUGAGCGCCGGCACCGACACGAGCGCCACCAUGCUCGAGUGGGCGAUGCUGCAUUUGGUGCUCGACCAGUCGGCGCAGGAGCAGCUGUACGAGGAGAUCGUCGAGAAGGUGGGGAGGGACAAGGGGAUGAAGAUCACCGAGUCCGACGUCGAGGGGAUGAGCUACCUGCAAGCGGUGGUGAAGGAGACGAUGCGGCGGCACCCGCCGAGCCACUUCGUGCUGUCGCACGCGGCGACGAGGGAGACGGAACUGGGCGGGUACCGCAUCCCAGCGGACGCCAGCGUGGAGUUCUACACGGCGUGGGUGACGGAGAAUCCGAGCACGUGGAAGGACCCGGGGGAGUGGCGGCCGGAAAGGUUCAUGAAAGGCGGGGAGGGGUGGGAGACCGACAUCACGGGGACGAGGGGCAUCAGGAUGAUGCCGUUCGGGUCCGGCCGGCGGAUCUGCCCGGCAUUCACCCUGGGGAUGCUUCACAUCCAGCUCAUGCUGGCGAGGAUGGUGAGGGAGUUCCGGUGGGUGGCGGUGCCCGGGGAGCAGCCGGACCCAGCGGAGACGUUCGCGUUCACGGUGGUAAUGAAGGAUCCCCUCAGAGCUGUCAUCGUGGAGCGGGAGUAGAGGAAGAAGCCACGCCACACGCGUCUCUCUGACACGGUGUUGUCGUAACGUAGCGUGUAUGCACGUGAGCGAGGGGUCGCAUCGUCUCGCUCAUUCCACUAAGUUGCCACAAUAGGCGUAUCCUGUAGCGUUUAUUUUCUGAUCAUGUUAAAUGAAUGCAAUAAUAAAUACGUCAGCUUUGGACAA